AUGGAGAAUAACAGGUUAGAAGGAAGUAUAACUUCAACUCUUGGAAACUGCCAAAAUCUACAGAUUGGUUCACUACCAUAUGAAGUGGGUGAUUUGGCAAAUCUCAUGGAGCUAGAUGUAUCAGAAACAAGUUAUCAGGCUUUGUGGUGGCAUCUCAUAAUUGCUUCUACCUGCAUGCCCCAAGGAAGUUUUGGUUCUCUUUACAAAGGAGUAAUCCCUAGAGAUGGAACAAUAGUUUCUGUUAAGGUAUUAAACCUUCAACAAGGAGCGUUCAAGAGUUUCAUUGAUGAACGCAAAGCUUUAAGAAGUAUAAGGCAUCGUAAUCUUCUAAAGAUCCUAACUGCCUGCUCAAGCAUCGAUAAUCUGGGUAAUGAGUUCAAAAGUCUAGUUUUCAAGUACAUGGAAAAUGGAAGUCUUGUAUUGGAAGUAUUGGUAGCUGAAGGCUGUGAUUAG